CUGCGCUGGACCCGCGCAAAGUGGACCGAAUGAUGCAUCGAAUGAGGUAAUACCUAGAAAGCCACAGCCAAGUUGGUUGUUUACUUGCUUUCCACUCUGUAGAUACCUGAACGGGUAUAGCUCCCAUUUGCCCCAGUUGACGACAACUAGCUGGAAGUAACUCAAUUGUCUAUAAAUCCGAGGAUUGCAGCGCGAAAGUUUAACUUACCAUCAGCCCAACCCAGGCCAGCAACCCCGGCAAAAUGCAUCUCCUUCCCGUCGCCCUACUCUUCGGAGCCCUAGUCGCUCCCACCGCCAGCGAAUCUUUCAAUCCUCUCAACCACCUCGCCGGUAUAGCUCCCUACCGCACCAUCAACGACCCCCCAAUAGAAUCCGCACCGCCGCAGGGCUGCAAUGUAACAAAAGCGGCGUACCUGAUCCGGCACGCAGCUAUUUAUGCCAACGAUUUCGAUUAUGAAACCUAUCUCGAGCCUUUCGUAGAAAAGCUCCGCAACACCACCCAGGACUGGUCGAAAACGACAGACCUCAAGUUCCUGGCGAACUGGACCGCACCCGUUGACGAAGAGCAUCUUGAAAAGGUUACUAAGGUCGGUUACAAGGAAGCCGUGGAGUUGGGCGUAGACUUCCGAACCCGCUAUGCUAUGUUAAAACAUCCGAACAAAGUCUGGUCAUCUUCUGCAGAUAGAACAACCAAGACAGCCGCCGGGUUUAUCGAGGGGUACACACUCAACAAAACCACGGGAAUGGAUCUUGUGGAAGUAAAAGAGAAGAAGGAUACGGGCGUGGACUCCCUGACCCCUUACAAAAGCUGUCCUGCGUAUAGUGGGAGCUACGGCAGUGAUCAGUCCCAGGAAUGGGUAGAGAAGUACACCGCACCUAUCAAAGAAAGGCUCAAUGCCCAAGCCCCCAACUUCAACUUCACCACUUCCGACAUAGUGAGCAUGUUCGAGUUCUGCGGCUAUGAAACCGUCAUCCGCGGUGACUCGCCUUUCUGUGCCACCACUCUUUUUUCCUCGAAUGACUGGCUCUCCUUCGAAUACGGCGAGGAUAUCAGGUACUUCCAUAAUGUGGGGUACGGGAACCAUGCAUCCCCAAGAAUCGGGUUUCCGUGGGUGAAUGCUAGCUUUAAUGUCCUUUCUUCCAACUCCAGUCAGGACGUUUAUGUCUCCUUCACGCACCGUGAAUUCCCCCCGACUGUCAUCACAGCCCUGGGUCUCUUCAACAAUAGCGCCUUUUCGGGUGCCGAUAAUGUCAACAAGACUAUGCCGACGAAUAAAAUCAAUUACGGUCGACAGUGGAAGAGCAGUGAUAUUUUGCCUUUUUUGACGAAUAUUGCCAUUGAGAAAAUGAGCUGCGAUAGCUAUGGAUAUGACGAGGGCGACUAUUACCGGGUGCUGGUGAACUCGAACCCCCAACCAUUAGAAGAUUGUCGCGGUGGACCGGGAGAUAGUUGUAGUGCGUCGAAGUUUAAGGAUUUCGUGAGGGGGUUGGGGGAGAGAUUUGGGGACUUCGUGGGCGCUUGUGGUGCGCCGAAGAACGAGAGUCAAGUGGUAACUAUUUAUAACUGAUUAGCCAGUGUGGACUGGUCUGGGUGAUGGAAAAAUGGGGAAGAGAUAUAUAAUGACUAAUGAAUAAUCUAUUUGGCGUUCUCAAGUCUAUUUCAUGUUCAUGUAUACUCCUCCUUUCACUUUGGAAAGUAUACAAUCAAAGCAAUCCUGCUUUUGUGAAUACAAGGCCUCAUAUUAUUGCUUCAAACGUUUAUCCAUUGAUCGAAGAAUAUAGUGUUGGGAUCCAUUAGGAUUUCUUUCCCAAUAUUCAAUGUCCUUUAUGAGGUUAGG